AUGAAUAAAUUAUAUCCAACAGAUAAUAUACAUCAUUAAUAUGUUGAAUAUCCUUAACGUUGGCUACAAUUAAUCUUGUUUUUGUGUGCUUUACUUUCUAACAUUAUGUUUGGAUUUUCACUUUCCCCUAUUGUUAAGGAAAUCUCAUUAGUUUAUCAAGUUGAUAGUAGGUAAGAAAUCAUUUAAAUGAUGAAGAUAUUUGUAAUUUUUGACUAUAAGUUUUACUGUCUUUUCUGUAAUCAUGAUAAUACCAGGAAACAUUCUUAAUGAAAAAUAUGGAGUUAGAAUGAGUAUUAUGAUAGGUAAUGAAAGAUUGGAGUAUUUAAGGUUGUGCGUUAACUUUUAUAGAUUCUAUAUUUGCAAUUUUUAUCAAUGUUUCUUUUUGGUUUUUCUUUAUUGGAUAAUUGAUUUCUUUAAUAGGAUUUCCUUUUAGAUUGAUUAGUGCUUCUAAAUUUGUUGCUAAUUGGUUUUUUCCUGAAAAUAGAAUUCUUAUAAUGGAAUCAUUGCAUUAGUUUUUAAUGCAAGUUCAGGAAUAUCUAUUAGAAUUUCAUUAAUUGUUUUAGGAGACUUUUAGAUACACGAUCAUCCAACAGAUGAUUAGAUAGAAUUAGGACGUGCUUUAAUUGAGAGUUUAAUGUUUUUGA